AUGAAACGCGAUUCUCAAAUAGCACAAGAACGAAAAAUCCAAAAAAAACUCUUUCCCCCAAAACCCUCAUCCUCCGCCCAAUCAUCUACCAAUCCUCUCCCACAACCAAUUCCACCUUCCAAUCGCAAACAAACCCCCGCAGACUCCUCAAAAUCUCUAUCUGAUUACAAAUCCAAGCCUGUUGUUGAUAAGGGAUCGGCAAAAGUGAGAAGUAAGGGUGAAAAGAUUGGUAUUUGUUUGAGGGAAAUGUUUCGUUUUGAUGAAAUGGGUUUGAAUGUGUUGAAUAGAGGAAUGAAGUUGGUUGGGGAAUCAGAGAGGUUAGAGUUGGAUAGAAGAUGGAAGAGGUUGAGAGUUCAAGAGACUAGAGUGUUUAUCCAGCGCGCCGAGUUAGUUGAAGAGCAGCUUGAAUUGAUUUACAAGGAAUUGCAAGGAUCGUGUUCGAGAGAAUGA